AUGACAGCUAAUCUCGACAAGGCUUUGUUGGAUAUGUCGCUGGAGGAAGAUGACGAACCUUAUGUCUUACCGGACAGGCCAGAGUAUUUCUCUACGGAGCGAAACUCGUGUAGCUUGAUUGGAAGGCUUCUGAAUCCUCAGUGUCAAAAAAUGGAGAAUCUGAUACUAGAGAUGCCGAGAAAAUGGCAGUUGUAUGAAAGGGUCAAAGGCGUGGCUCUAUCGAAGGAUAGGUUCCAGUUUAUCUUCAAAUACGAACGGGAUCUUAUCGAUGUGCUCAAUAGAGGGCCACAUACCUCUAAUAUGUGGUCGAUUGCUCUUGAUAGAUGGGUGGAGAAACCCCCGGAGGACUAUCUUCAGCAUAUCUUGGUGUGGGUUCAGAUGCGUAAUAUUCCUGUGAACCACUACACCCCAGAAGCUAUUCAUGACUUUGGGAAGUUUGCAGGGGAAGUGGUGGAUGUCCCGUAUGAUCCAGAAAAAGCUCAGACAAAGGACUACGUUCGGGUGCAGGUCAAGUUUGAUGUUUCGAAGCCUCUUCGUAGGGCUAAGAAAUUCACUAUCCCGGGAGGAGAAGUAGUCAACAUUCGUUAUGAUUACGAGAGGAUUCAAAAAAGGUGUUACACUUGUCAGAGGCUGACUCACGAGCAAUCAUCCUGUCCCUUUGAGAAAGAUAUGAAAGUUAUGCUUGGUGCUGCCAGUUCUAUGGAGGCACAUAGCAAGGCUCCAGUGGUGGUCCCUCCUUUAGACCCAGCUGACCCUUUAGCGGGACUGAUUCCCUCAACUUUAAGGGGUUUUGAUAAUAUAUCCGGUAGGCCCAAAAUCGCUGAGGAGGUGCUGUCAGAGAUGAGGGUUUAUAUCAAAGCGGCAUCUGGUGCUGAGAAGUUGGCUCGGGAGGAGAGAGUCAAGAAAUCCCUUCAUGACUUAGAAGAUGAUCCUCUAGGCCAGAAAACCCUGCUAAGGUUGGAAGAACCGCCUAUUGUAUCUCGUGAUCUUGACAGAGGCAAAGGAAUCGUCUUUGAUUUCUCGGCGAAGGGAGACGAUAGUCCGAGAGCUGACAAACUUAUGGCUGAAGCUAUUGCUGCUGGGAACAGAAUUCUGCAGUCCGGGAAAAUUCUUUCUCUUCCUCCGGUUCAAGCGGGAAGUGCUGAGUCUAUUCAAUCUGCUUUCUCUCAAGAGGGUUCAACGGGUUAUAGCAUUGGUUUCCAUGAAACUAGUGCUUCCGGGACUCCGAUGAAGAAAAGCAACAAGAGAAGAAGACCGGGUACUUUUAAAAGGAAAGCUAAUGGAAAAGGUGUUGCUCAGGAAUCGACGAAGCCAGGGAAGGUAGUUGGUGAAGGUGUGAUCACUGAAACCAAGAGGAAGGCAAAGGAUGAUGUCGAGCCAUCUCAAAGCUCUGCAAGGUUUAAGAAACCAUUGGUGGUCCCAAAGGAGGGACCGUCCAAUAUCUAA